CAGCACGCAAGGCAUUAUGGGAGAUUUCUCCAGCUCUCCCAAGCCUUUUCCGAUUCGUCCAACAGCGUCGUUUGGUUCACAGAGUGAGUCGAUAGAGUCAUUUAAGGGCUUAUCCUGUGUGUGUUAUAGCCUCGAUUCGGCUCAUUUUUUAUAUCAUUAGUCAGGAACAACUUUUUAUGAGAUUAAAUUGUUAGACUGUUAGAAAUGCACUUGAGUAAUAAAACCACUAGCACUAACACUGCAUAGACUCCAAAGUACGGUUCAGGUGGACCUGUGAACUGGCUGACUGAUUCAUUAUAAAGAAUCGGUUCAAAGAAUCGAUUCAUUCACGAGUCGGACACCACUAGAAGGGAACACGCUGGAGGAUUGAAACACAAACAUGGCGGACAGUUUGGAUGCUUUGUUAGAUGAGGUCGAAGCAAAGUUUUGUCGGGAGAUUUCACUGUCGUCAUGCACUUUUAAAGCCGAGCAGGACAGCCACAGACAGCAGAGAAAUAAUGACUCCGUGCACAGUAAACCAAAGUGUUCAUUUACUGCCAGCAUUUCAAAUCCACAUGAAGUUGAAGAAAUUGACAAUAACAUCGAGGCUGUGCUUCAGGAAAUACUAGAUGAUGAUUAUCCAGGCUCCAGUUCUCACAGACCUGUUUUAUCAAAGACUUGUGCUAUGGAGUCUUGUCCUCAAACAGCUUUAAAGAACAGGUGUUGCCCUGUGUAUUUGGGUGGAAGCUCUGUAGCAAGUGGUGUAGGAACAAGUGUUACACAAAGGGCCUGUGACCAACUAAGAUGUACAUCUUGUGACUUUCUUGUCGUCAUGUUUGAUGAUCAUGAGUGGGACUCUUCCUGUGACUAUCUGUUUUUCAGAAACAACAUGCCGGACUGUACCAAGUUGCGAGUGAAGCUAAAGAGGAGGCAAGGUGCUCGGGCAUAUGCAUGCCAGUGUAGCUGGCACUCUGCUUUCACUCUGUCUGAACUCAGACAUAUUCCUAAGCUCAAGUGGGUUUGUGGCCAACACACAGCUUCCUGAUUUUUGUAUCUGACUCCCAAGCUGCAGCUAUUCAAACGGGAUAAAAAAAAACCAUACUGAUGUGCUCUCCACUUAAAAGAAGAUGCUGGCCAUUUUCUAUAUUCUUUUUCCCAGAUGAUCACUGGAAAUGUUGGACAAGUUUGGUGUUUAGUGUAGCAUUAGAGCAAUGAACAUUCCAGCAUUGAGUGUCUAAUAUUAAAAAGUAAGAUACAUUGCAGUUUACAAGUGAAGCGGUAUGCAGUGACAUUUUCAGCAAACUGAAUUUUGCAGACAAUUGCAGUAAAAUUCUUUCAUUUCUAAGAGUUAAAGGGUUAAAUGACAUGGACAUCACUGAGAAAAUCGGUUGUUAUGGCUGUCAUAAUGUUUUUGUAUUAUGGAUGUAAUGUGUCUAAGCUUUUCCCACAGAUUAAUAAACGCUCAGUUAUAGUCAAAUCUAUAAAACUGAAAGAAGAAUUAAUCAUAAAUUAUGAUAGAACUAAGUUAAAUAAAUGAAACUUAAGUGACAAUUCAAGAGUGUUUUUUCCCAUGUGCUCUUUGAAUGCCUUUGUGACUGAAAUGCUGUUUUUGACUGUAGAAACUUUCUUUUCAUAAUUUCUUAAACAUAUAAUGUGUUACAAAUCUAUUUAUAUUCAUUUAUAUUUGUUUAAACUGUUGUAGAGUGUCGUAAAUAUUUUUGUUUGGUUCAAAAGAGACCAAAGAAACAUGUACAUAAAAAAUCAGAAAGACUUUAUUUUAAUUACAAUGUCUAAAUGUUAAAUAAAUAUGGUAGCAAACAUUUCUUGGA